GACGUACGCAGCCUCUGACCGGAACCGGAAGGGGACCCCGAGCCUGGAGGAAGAAGCCGGCGCGGCCCCGUCAGCAGCAGGCCGUUCCGAGGGGCGGCGGCCUCGCUGCGCGUCCCCGUGCGAGCCGGGGCCGCGGCGCCAUGAAGCUCUACAGUCUCAGCGUCCUCUAUAAGGGCGACCCCAAGGUGGUGCUGCUCAAAGCCGCGUACGACGUGUCUUCCUUCAGCUUCUUCCAGAGGUCCAGCGUUCAGGAAUUCAUGACCUUCACAAGUCAACUGAUUGUGGAGCGGUCAGCAAAAGGCAGCAGAGCUUCUGUCAAAGAACAAGAGUAUCUAUGCCAUGUCUAUGUCCGAAAUGACAGUCUUGCAGGUGUGGUCAUUGCUGACAGUGAGUACCCAUCCCGGGUGGCCUUUACCUUAUUGGAGAAGGUAUUAGAUGAAUUCUCCAAGCAGGUCGAUAGGAUAGACUGGCCAGUAGGAUCCCCUGCUACAAUCCAGUACACAGCCCUGGAUGGUCAUCUUAGUAGAUACCAGAACCCUCGAGAAGCUGACCCCAUGAGUAAAGUGCAAGCUGAACUAGAUGAGACCAAAAUCAUUCUGCACAACACCAUGGAGUCUUUGUUAGAGAGAGGCGAGAAGCUCGAUGACUUGGUGUCCAAAUCGGAAGUUCUGGGAACACAGUCCAAAGCCUUCUAUAAAACUGCCCGGAAACAAAACUCGUGCUGUGCAAUUAUGUGACACAGCCCACAGAGGCCCGGCGCUGGAUUGUCACUUCACAUCAGAACUGUUGCAGCCCCUGGAGAAGACAAACCCUAAAAGAAGACCUAGAGUUGGGCAGACUGGCUAUUUUUAUUUUGAAGUUCCCAGGAGGAACUGAGGGGUGGUGGAAGGGUGGGGAACAUUCAAGUUCCUAUGUCUGGUUGUGACUUUUGGGAAGAAUUUGAGACCCCCCACAAAGGUGUAUUUUUGGGCAAAUGAAACCAUAAACUCUGAUGGCUCCUAUAGAUGUAAAUGCUAGCUCUGGAAGGCUCUGUGGGAGGGAGUUCAGAGCCAGCUCUUUCUUGACCCUUGGUGUGUCUUUGAUUUCAUUUGUGCAUUAAUGAUAUUAACUUUUCAGUGA